CUCUCUCUCUCUCUCUCUCUCUCUCUCUCUCUCUCUCUGUCUGUAAAAUCUCUGUCUUCAGCAUAUCAAAAUCUCCCAACAGAGAGAGGGACCGUGAUCACAAGUCGCUGUAAACCUAACUAUUCUCUGAGCUUAACAAAACCUUUCGCAUCCACUUUUGCAUUAUUUACUCUCUUGACCUUCCCUUUCCGUUUCUGCUCUUCUCAGUCGGUUACCUAGUUACUGGAAAUGAGGAGCUCCGUCGUCUGAGCGGGUGGCAUUGCCGUAAAUAAGUCAUGAGGUUGAGGCAAGAGAGUGUUUGAACACUCCCGAUGGGCGUGGCUAAGGCUUGGAGGUUUAGCGUGAUAUCCGCGAACCUGGCUUUGUUACAGCAGCAAAACGGUGCGCAUACCGGCGGCAGCAGCACCGGCAACAAGCAUGUGUGCUGGCGGUGGCGAUCCUCCUCGGCGCAGCCUCGAAAACCGAUCUCCUGGUCACUGCUUUGUGGCCUAAUGCUGUUCGGCUUGGGCCUGAUUUCGCUUUUCACGGGUCAUGUUGCUUCUGAUCUUGAAUGGUACUCUCAGCAAUUGGUCAAGCGCAGUUUGUACUCCAGAUUGGAUGGAGGUCGCCGUGAACCAAUUGAUAUUUGGAAAUCAAAAUAUUCAAAGUUCUAUUACGGGUGCAGUAGCAGAGGCCGUAAAUUUGCCCCUGCUAUCCGGGAGCGGUCAUCAAAUGGCUAUUUGCUUAUUGCAGCAAGUGGAGGACUCAACCAACAAAGAACAGGAAUCACAGAUGCUGUUGUUGUCGCACGGAUUUUAAAUGCUACAUUGGUUGUACCCGAGUUGGACCAUCAUUCUUAUUGGAAGGAUGAUAGUGACUUUGCCAACAUUUUUGAUGUUGAUUGGUUCAUUUCUUCCCUUGUCAAAGAUGUGACUAUUGUGAAAAGAGUUCCUGAUAAAGUUAUGCGUUCGAUGGAGAAACCUCCUUACACUAUGCGUGUUCCAAGGAAGUCAGCCCCAGAGUAUUAUCUAGAUCAAGUACUGCCAAUACUAUUAAGAAGACGUGUUGUACAAUUGACAAAGUUUGAUUAUAGACUUGCAAGUGACCUUGAUGAAGAUCUUCAGAAGUUAAGAUGCCGUGUGAACUAUCAUGCCUUAAGGUUUACAAAACCUAUACAAUCACUUGGUCAGAGAGUGGUCAAGAGAAUGCGGAAGAUGGCAAAACGUUUCAUAGCAGUCCAUUUGAGGUUCAUUUGAUUAGUUAACAAUAUAUAAUUGUAUUUUUAACAUUCAGUGUGCAUGUUACACAAUGUUUUUGGACAUUCAGAUAGGGUGCCAUGACUGUAG